AUGAAUACUAAAUUUUAUACAUUUGGAGUACUUUUGCUCAUUAUUCACAUAUCGUCAGCUCAAAGUAUUCCUGUAAACGAUAAACGUGUCCCAGAAGUGUUUAAGUACUCUGAAUCUUUAACGAGCGCACCAAGUAUUGUCGAAUUUUUACCGCUGUCACCAAUUCGCCGAUUUCGACGAGACACCUCAUCGGAGGAAAUUGAUCCAGCAACUGCAACACUUCCUACUGACGUUGAUGUCCAGUUAGAUUCAUUCGAUCAUCAAUAUUAUAUUACUGAAACAUACAUGAAAGAUGAAGUUGCUCUAAAAAAAUAUUGGGUACAAAUUGAUCAGCUUCUUGAAAAACCAAACGUCGUUGGAAAUAAAAGUCAUCCGCUGCUAAGCAAUAGUUAUAGAAGAGCUGUGGGAACGAAAAUUAGUUUUAAAUUUCCGUUUUACGGCCAUCGAAUGUCAAACCUUACUAUUGCAACGGGAGGAUUCAUUUAUAUCGGCGAUCAAACCCACAAUUGGCUAGCAGCCACUCAGUACAUUGCUCCUCUUAUGGCUAACUUUCACACGAAUCAAAAUAACUCUAACAUUAUUUAUGCUGAUGAUGGCGAAAUGUUUGUUGUCGAAUGGCGCAAUGUGCAGCUAAAAGAAGAUACUAUGAAUAAAAAUUCCUUCUCGUUUCAAGCUAUUCUCCACAAAAAUGGCGAUAUUGUUUUUGUUUAUAAAGAUAUCCCAAUUAGUAUAAGUAAUAUCAGUGAAGCGAAUCACCCUGUUAAGCUGGGAAUUUCGGAUGCUUAUUUAUUUAAUCAUAAUGAACUUUCGAGGACAGGAAAUCAACCAAAGCGUGUGAUCUAUGAAUAUCAUAGAAUCGAAGUUUCUCCAAUUAAAGUUCGGUCAAAUACAGUAGUUGUUUUAAAGGCACAACCCACGUGUAUACAGUUCGAAACUUGUGAAUCAUGUUCCAACGCUACACUGAAGCAUUUUAACUGCCAAUGGUGUCACUCAAAGAGAAAAAAUGGCGGUCCAUUUUGUACCGAUGACGCUGGACUUCAUCGUCGACGACAACAUUGGGCUGAAAGCAACUGCCACAUUAAAAGCAAAAGUUUAUAUUGUGAUGGAAAAGAUGAAGACGAAGUCUAUGAUGAUAACGAUUUAAAAAAAAAUAUCGAAAAUCAACCUCAUUUUCGUAAACCUGAUCCCGAUAUUGUCGUGCCGUUAAAUGGAGAUUUUAAAGAAAACCGAGUUCGAAAAUCAGAUGGAGGCCCAAGUGUUGCUUCAUUUUUACUAUUAGUUCUUCUUCUCUUCUGCGUUGUUGGAUGGUUAGUAUACGCAUAUUAUAAUCCGCAUACAACAAGUGGGCAACUGUUAAUAAAAUAUCGACCUUCACGUUGGCACGUACCUAGCAGUCACGUACGAUAUAGCGCGUCGGUUCAUAUGUGA